AUGAAAUUGAAGUGUCUUGGGGAACAAACGGUGACUCAUGGACUUUUCGGAGGACUGAAAAGGCGGGAAAACCACAAGAUGUAUUCCAUUAAAUUGCUUAAUACAGAAAAUAAUUUCUGUUGUAAUGUAGAAGUAAUGGAUCAGAAUAAAAUUUGCACUUCUCUUCCCAAAUUAGAUUCUAAAAACAUCGAAGAAGUAAAACAAUUGGGUAUAUUUGUUAGUGAUAUUUGCUUAGAUGAAAAUCUUUGUUUGUAUGAAAACGAUCCCAAGGAGAUUCACAUAUUAUUAGGGGCAGAUACGGCAGCCAGAUUAUUUACAGGAGAAAUUAAAAAACUUUCGCCUGAUCUAAUUGCGAUGAACACCAAGUUAGGGUGGACAGUUAUUGGAAGAUCAGGAAUUAAUAAAAAUGAUAGUUCCAGCACGCUAAUGUCGCUACUUGUCAACGACGUAAAUAUAUCCGAUCUUUGGAGGCUUGAUACAUUGAAUAUCAAUGACCCUGCGGAAACUCAAAGUAGAAAAGAACUAGAAGAAGCGGCUAAGGAACAUUUUGAACGCAGUGUAACACGAGAUAAUGAGGGGCGCUACAUUGUCAGUCUACCGUGGAUACAUGAUCAUCCACCUCUUCCUGAUGGCAGAAAGAUAGCUGAACGAAGACUUAACAGUUGUAUUAAAGCCUUAGAACGUGCCGAAAAGCUGGCCGAUUAUGAUGAUGUUUUUCAGGAUUGGCAGAAUGAGGGUAUCAUUGAAGAAGUUGAUCCUAUGCAAGAAAUCAAAGAAGGACAGCAUUUCUUACCUCACCAUCCUGUCUUCAAGGAGAAUUCGACGACCAAAGUUCGACCCGUUUUUGAUGGUUCAGCUAAAGAAAAGAAUACACCUUCUAUUAAUGACUGCCUCGAAAAGGGACCAAAUCUUGUAGAACUCAUUCCAUCUCUCAUAAAUCGUUUUCGUGUUGAAAAAUAUGGAGUGAUAUCUGACAUCAAGAAGGCCUUUCUGCAAAUUGGAUUACAAGAACGAGAUAGACCAUAUCUCAGAUUUUUAUGGAAGGAUAGAAGAAAAGACGGAAAUAUCAAGAUCCUGCAGCACAAAAGAGUUGUGUUCGGAAUCUCCUCCAGUCCUUUCCUUCUAGGAGCUACAUUAGAACUUCAUUUAAAAAACGCCCCAGAUCAUCUCAAAGAAACAGCCCAGCAACUUAUGAGGUCCUUCUACGUUGAUAAUUGUGUUUUCAGCGUCAACAGAAAAGAAGAACUCGCUAGAUUUAUUUCGGAAUCACAAGCACUAUUAUCUACUGCCAAGUUUGAACUUCGAGGGUGGGAGCAUUCUCCUACUGAAGACAAAACUGAAGAAAGGCAAGAAGACCGAAAGGUUCCAGUUCUUGGGCUUCUGUGGAAUUUACCAAAGGACACUAUAUCUCUAGAUUUGAAAAGUUUGAUGAAAGAAGAUAAAGGACCUAUUACAAAAAGAAAAAUCCUGUCAACCGUUCAUCGAAUCUUUGAUCCGAUAGGAUUUUCUUGUCCAGUGACUCUAGAGCCCAAAUCUUUGUUGCAGGAAUGCUGGAAAUUGGGGCUGUCCUGGGAUGCUGAACUCCCUCUGCUGAUAACUGAAAGAUUCGAACGCUGGAAGAUGAAGUUACCGAAAUUGAAUGAUCUUGAAAUACCAAGAUGUGUACGUGAGGACUUUGCAGAAGAUUCCAAAUUUUCCAUCCAUGUUUUUUGUGACGCAAGUCAGAGUGCCUACGCUACAUGUAUCUUCUUGAGAGCUGAAUCUGCUGAUAGCACGUCGUGCCAGUUAAUACAAGCUAGAAAUAGAGUUGCUCCUUUGAAAAAGAUCUCUAUUCCACGCCUAGAACUUUUGUCCUGUACUAUUGGUGCUAGAUUGGCAAAAGCAACCAUAUCCGAACUUGGACUUGAGAACAUACCAAUCUUCUACUGGUCUGACUCUAUGAAUGCUUUGUAUUGGAUCAAAAGAAAUGAGAAUUGGGCCACGUUUGUUUACAACAGGGUACUGGAAAUCCGUAAACUCACCAAUCCUGAAGACUGGAGGCACAUAAGUGGAACAUUAAACCCAGCUGACCUUCCAUCACGAGGUUCCAAUGCAGAGGAACUUGUGAAAUCUCUUUGGUGGAAGGGUCCAAAUUGGCUGAGAAUGCCUAUAGAAGAUUGGCCUGUUUCGGAAACUAUGCCAGAUUUCGACGUUGUAAACUCCGAAAAAAGAAAAUCUAUUGUGUCUGUCACUAACACCACGACAGAGCAAUUAGAAAGAGGAAGACCAGCUACAAUUUAUUCAGAUAAUGGAACCAACUUAGUGGGUACUUCUAAUGAGCUGAAAUCUGUUGAUUGGGUGAAAAUACAAGAAUAUGCCUCAGUAAAGAAAAUCCUAUGGAAAUUCAACCCCCCAUCAGCCCCAUGGUGGGGCGGAUUUUGGGAAAGGCUUAUAGGUAUGUUGAAAUCUAUCUUAAGAAAAAUUCUUGGAAAGGCCUCCUUACAAUUUGAAGAAUUGUACACUGUACUAUGUGAUGCUGAGGGCAUUAUAAAUUCAAGACCUUUGACAUACUUAAGUGAAGACAAUGAGGACCUUAUAGCAUUAACACCUGCUAUGUUUUUACAAGAUGUAAAAGAAAUAGGAGUUCCAGAUAUAGAUCAAAUAGAUGCUAAGAGAAUGAAUAAAAGAUUCUUCUACAGGCAAAAAGUGUGUCAAGAUCUCAGAAAACGUUUCAGAAUCGAAUAUCUUGGACAUCUUAGAGAAUUUUCAAAGAUUCGUAAUGAAUCUAAAAUUAAAGAAGGAGACAUUGUUCUCAUCGGUGAUAGUAACGUCAAGAGAAUAAAUUGGCCUUUGGGAAGAGUCAUCAAAUUAUAUCUUGGAAAAGACAAGAAAGUUCGUCUCGUGGAAGUCCAGACCAAAUCUGGGUCUUUCCUACGCCCAAUCCAGAGACUUUUUCCUCUUGAGGUCAGCCAAAGUGAAAAAUCUGCUAUCCCAUGUCUCCCAAAGAGUGAUUCUCCAUCCACAACGAUGAUUCCUGAUGGUACACCUACCUCUAGUGACUCUCCUGCUGUUUCAGAUGUGAGACAACCAAGAAGAUCCCGUUAUGGCCGGCUUUUAAAGCCCAAUGCUCUCCUAGACUCAUUGGUUUGA